AUGGAACAGAGCGUCGCGAAGCCCAUCAGAUGCAGAGCGGCGGUGAGCAAGGCGCCGGGGCAGCCUCUGGAGAUGGAGGAGGUGGAGGUGGCGCCGCCGCGGGCACAUGAGGUCCGCGUGAGGAUCAUCUGCGCCUCCCUCUGCCACACGGACGUCACCUUCUGGCGCAUGAAGGAUUUCCCGGCCAUGUAUCCGUCCAUCCUGGGGCACGAAGCAGUAGGAGUGGUGGAGAGCGUGGGGGAGCAUGUGCAGGAGGUGGCCGUGGGGGACACGGUGGUGCCGGUGUUCCUGCCGCAGUGCGGCGAGUGCGACGACUGCCGGUCCGCCCGCAGCAACAUCUGCUCCGUGCUGACGUACCGCCCGGGCCUCAUGCCGCGGGACGGCACCACGCGCUUCUCUUUCGCCGACACGGGCGAGCCCGUCCACACCUUCCUGUGCGUCUCCAGCUUCGCCGAGUACACGGUGGUGGACGUCGGGCACGUCGUAAAGCUUGCCGUCGGUUCCGCCCCCGCGCUGGCGCCGGAGAAGGCGUGCCUGCUCAGCUGCGGCGUCGCCACGGGUGUUGGUGCAGCUUGGAAGGUUGCGGCAGUGGAGGCCGGUUCAACUGUUGCUGUCUUCGGACUCGGCACCGUCGGCUUAGCAGUAGCGCAAGGGGCCAAGAUGCGUGGUGCCAAGAGAAUCAUUGGGGUGGAUCUGAAUCCUGACAAACUGGAUAUCGCAAAGAGGCUGGGGAUCACCGACUUCGUGAAUCCAAAUGAGACCGGGGGGAAGAAGACUGUCAGCGAGGUGAUCACGGAGAUGACCGGCGGCGGCGCCGAUUACUGCUUCGAGUGCGUCGGCUCCACUUCACUCAUGGCGGAAGCCUUCAAAAGCUCUCGGAAGGGCUGGGGGAAGACGGUCAUCCUGGGCACCGACGCCGGCGCGGCGCCCGUCAGCAUAUCGUCGUCGGACAUCAAGCGGGGGCGGUCCGUCACCGGCGCGCUCCUCGGCGGGAUCAAGCCCAAGGACGACAUCCCCGUGCUGGCGCACAAGUACCUGGACAAGGAGCUGGAGCUGGACGAGUUCAUCACCCACCAGGUGGGCUUCCACGACAUAAACCGCGCCUUCGACCUGCUCCAGCAGGGGAGGUGCCUUCGCUGCAUCAUCUGGAUGGACAACAACGGCGGCGCCAAGGACACCGUCGCGCGCGCAUGA